GGCGUACCGACCCUACUACUCGUCCUUUUGCCAAACAACCACAACGGCCCAUUCAUACAUCGCCCUUCCAUUGUUUACCACUGGCACGGCGAGCCGUCAUUGAUGGUUUCAUCUGCUGUCGAUUUUUCAUCCGACCGUCGCCUGACAGCGAAGCCACAGCUUACCUACCCUAGGUACCUACCCUAGGUACCUACCUCACCUCGGUGGCUAGAGCGACCUUUCAAGCCGAUCGUCGACUCUGCUUUCCACGCACGACAACAAAGCAACAACAACACCACCACCAGCACUCGCCUCAUCCUUUUUCCAGAAAAACUUUCCCAGAAAAGCAAGCAAACCACCCUGCCACCCACCAUGUCGGCAGCAACCGCCAAGAAGCCCCCCGCCGCCGGCGUCGGUCGCGUCGCCAGCACCGAUCCCACCGCCUCGCCCUCCUCGUCCCCUGCGCGGAGCGCCCACCGCUCGACGCCCUCCGUCUCUGGCGCCGGCGGUGCAGGCGCCGUCUCGCGCACCCGCUCCACGCGCACCGGCACGCCGACGCGCCCCGUGGCCGGCCGCAAGGACUCGCCCCUCAACAGCGCCACCGACGCCGACCAGGACGCCCGUGCCGAGCUCGUCACCCAGCUCGAAGACCUCAAGGAGCGUCUCUCCAAGGCUGAAAUCUCCGCCGAGCAGUACAGGAAGCAGGCCGAGGUGCUGCAGACCCGCCUCGACGACGCCCUCGAGGCGUCGGCCAAGCUCGAGGAAAAGGUCCACGAGAACGAGGAACUGGCCGAGACGCUGCGGAACGAGAAGAGGGAUGCUGCGAGGCAAAUGCGCGAGAUGGAGGCCAUCUACGAGGCGGAGCGGAGCUCCAUGAACAAGGAGAAGGAAGACAUGGCCAACCGAGAGGAGGAGAUGCAAAUGGUCAUCCAGAGGUUGAAGGACAGUCUGGCUCAGAGGGCCAACAACGACGAUGACGUCCGGCCAUCAAGACAACCACAUUCGCCCUCCGUCGAGGGCGGCUUCGCGCCCCCAUCCUCCCUGAACCGCAGCGAUUCGCGAAAUAACUCCAAACUCCUCUUGCAAAAGGACAAGCUCAUCGAAUCCCUUCGCCUCGAGCUGGCCGAGGCCCAGAUCAAGCUCGUCGAGUCGGAGAACUCGGGCGGCGGCCGCCUCCACGAGGUCGAGAGGCUCCUCAUGGAGGCCCGCAUGGCCAACGCCCGUCUCAUGGAGGACAAUGAGAGCUAUCAGCUCCUUCUCCAGGAGAAGACGCUCAGCGGCGAAUUCAAUAAGAACGACUUUAGCUACAUGGGAAGCUCCGCGGCGAACCAGGACGCCCUCAACGCGCUCGAGGGCCGCACCGCCGGCACGAGCCUCGCCGACGAGCUCUCCGACGCCGCAGGCACCGACAACGACGGCGAGGCGGUCCGUCGCCUCGAGAGCGAGAUCAAGGCGUCCAAGGACCAGAACAAGGCCUUGACGCUGUACAUCAACAAGAUCAUCGAGCGCCUGCUGCAGCACCAGGACUUUGAGCACAUCCUCGACCAGUCCGGCAGCGACCUCAAGCUCCCCGGCGCCGCCAACGUCGACAAGGAGCUCCCGCCACCGCCCGCCGACAAGGGCCCCGUCGUGCCCUCGUUCCUCCAGCGCGCCAAGUCCAUGGCCGUCGGGAGCGGCAAGCCCCGCCCGCGGCCCAUGUCUGUCAUGCCGACGUCGGGCUACUCGGCCCACGAGGACCCGGAGACGGCGCCUCGCAUCCCCAUUGGCAACCUGACGCGGUCCACAAGCACGCGCCGCUCGAGCCGCCCCGUCUCGGAGCAGUACACGGGCGGCGGCGGCGCCAGCCUCGUGAACCAGAUGUACCGCGGCGCCGACGGGCCCGGGUCGUCUGGCUGUGGCAUGUUUUUGCUAGUGGAGAAGGUUGGUGAUGAGAGAGUGCGGGUUUAUCAUGUUUUUUGGUUGUAA